UCCAUCUGCUGUAGUGACUCUGCUGUGGUUCUCGUCAUUCAGAAUGAAAUAAGGUCUCUUCCUUUCUUCCUGGAGAAACGCACGCGCAGUUCUGUCUCAUUCCCGCGAAACGAGGAAGUACACCUGUACCUUUACUGAGAUGGCGCGGUCCUAACGUUAUUAACAUUGUAGCCUAAAUCUAGCUAAGUUUUUUAUUUCAUCAAACGCUGUAUACAUGUGACGCUGUAGAGUACUGUGUUUUACUACCUCGACGUUAAAUUGCCGAAAACUACAACGACGACGAGUAUUUCCUCCUCCAGUCUCCGACUUUAACUCCGUCAGGUGUUACUUUCGGUUUAAUUUCUGUCGGUAAAGGCGUUGUUGUUGACAGCUGAUCAACUUCAGCUUUUAUCUCCACAUAAAAUGCAUUAUUAUCUCAGAAGGACAGUGCAGUAAAUGAAUUAUUUUUGGAUGACAGUGAUUUUGCUCGUGACUGGUGCAUCUGCUGUGAAGAUAGAUGUGUCAGUGAUGGAGGGAGAUUCAGUCACUCUACACACUGAUGUUACAAAAACCCAAGACAACAAAGUGCAAUGGUAUUAUAAUGGUGUUCGCAUCGCUCAAAUCACUGGAGAUCCCAAUGAGACCUGUACAGAUGUUCAGUGUAAUAAUGAAGAUAACUGGAGAUUCAGAGACAGACUGCAUCUGGAUCAUCAGACUGGAUCUCUGACCAUCACAAACAUCACAAACACAGACUCUGGAUUUUAUAACCUGCAGAUAAUCAUCUUCCCCGGCAGCAGUAGCAGUAAAAAGAUCUUCAAUGUAACUGUCCAUGGUGUUUCUGCUGCUGAUCAAGAAGAAAUGAAGAGAAAGUCAGUGAAGGAGGGAGAAUCUGUUACUUUGGAUCCUGGUGUCAUGAAAAAAACUGAUGAUUUGAUGAAGUGGUAUUUUAAUGACAUUCCCCUCAAUGAAAUCUCUGGAAAUCAGAGCAGUAUCUGUUCAGAUGAUGAGUGUAAAGAGAGAUUCAGAGACAGACUGAAGGUGAAUCAGACUGGAUCUCUGAUCAUCACAAACACCAGAAUCACAGACUCUGGAGAAUAUAAACUACAGAUCAUCAGCAGUGGAUUCAGCAUCACGAGGAGAUUCAGUGUUAAUGUCUCUGCUGUUCCUGAUUCAGGUCUGUCUCCAGCUGUUGUAGCAGGAAUAUCUGCAGCUCUUGUUCUGCUGACAGUGACCGGAGCUGCUGUGGUUUACUAUCUCCGCAGACCAAAGGAUGGUAAAUGUUACAUACGGCUGAUUUAAUAUGGAAAUAUGAUA